UGUACCAUAGGUUUAUUAGGAAACAGAGACGAAGCUAAAUUCAGUGCUAAAUUUCAAAGUUGUUCGAGGCAUUGACAGAUGUGACAAAGUUCAGCAGUGGAAAAAAAAAUAAUUUGCCUGAAAUAUCCUUUGGGGGAGGAGAUAGUUUGACAGAGUACAUAAUGAGUCAAGUACAGGAAAGAUGAGAAAACAAAAGGUAAAAGAGGAGAUAAGCAGGCAAACUUCACAGUAAGAAAUUGGUAUGAAGGGACAGAUGCUGAAACUGUUUUUCUUUUUGAAUCUCUUCUUUUUGGGGAGCCUUCUGAUUAUUCCCUUCUGGUACACUAUGGAGAGAGCGUCGGAGAAACCUCAGCUGACUCUAAUGCAAACCACAAAUUCAUGUAACCUCUGUCAGGAGAAUAAAAAUCAGUUCAUAGAUUUUUGCUCUCAAGCCUCACAAACAAAGGAGGUCAUUGACAAAACAUUGAGUAAAGAGCAACUUAAGAAAGAGCCUGAUUAUAAAGAAGAUGUUCAGCCAUGUAAACACUGCAGGGAGGAAAUAACACAAAUGUUAAAGACUUACUCUCAAUCCUGGAAGAAAAAGGAGGACAACCACCAUGAAAUGAGGAUUAAGCUGAACUUAAAGGUCAAUGGUCAUGAGAAGGCCAUUCUUACUCAGGAAAACACUCCAGUGGGAUCAAAGUUUAUUGCAGAUGGAGAUAGAAAGAGGACUAUUGAGGUGAAGUCAGAGCAUUUUGACACAUUUUUAAAGGUGAAUCCUUUUGCAAAUAAAACAUAUAGCAGCUGUGCUGUUGUUGGGAAUGCUGGGAUCCUGGCAAAUAGCAGCUGUGGAAAAAUUAUUGAUUCAGCUGAGUAUGUUAUCAGGUGCAACCUACCUCCUUUGACAAAUGGAUAUGAGAAACAUGUUGGUGUCAAGACAGACCUUGUGUCAGCAAACCCAAGCAUCCUUUCACAAAAGUAUGGGUCUCUUUUAGGAGCUCGACGGAAGUUUAUGGAGAAGCUGUGUCAAUAUGGAAACUCCAUGCUUCUCCUUCCUGCCUUCUCUUAUGUUGGAAACGUAGCUGUCUGUAUGCGGGCUUUCCACACAAUUAAGGACUUUGGAAGCCCCAUGCAACCUAUCUAUUUCAGUCCAGAGUACUUAAACAAUCUUGACAGCUUUUGGCGCACUCAAGGAUGGAAGGCUGUACGACUCACUACUGGCAUGAUGCUGACAAGCAUGGCACUGGAACUCUGUGACAAUGUCCACCUAUAUGGCUUCUGGCCCUUCAGUCUUCACCCACAUACCUUUGAGGAGCUGACCAACCACUAUUACGAUGAUAAGAGACCAAAGGGGGGAUUCCACGCUAUGCCGGAGGAAUUUAAGCUCUUGUUGAAGCUGCACAGCCAGGGUGUACAUAAGCUGCACCUUGGAAACUGUAAACCCAAUUAGGAGCUGUCCCACAGGAAAUAGAGUAUAGUACCUUCUUUGUGUGUGUGUUCCUAAUGAACAGUUGUGGUUGUUAGAAUGAAUGGGUGUCUGGAAAGGCCCCUCCUUGUGCCACCCCCAAUGAACUAA